AUGGCGGCACUGGCCGUGGCGGCUGCUGCCCUGUCUCUGCUCAGCGCCGCCGCUUCAUCGAAGGCCGCGUUCAACCUCUACCUCAAGCAGCACGAAUCCCGGCGGCUGUUCGGUCUGGACGUGGAGCUGUACUACGUGAAGGAGGGCCGCCGGAACGAGUACGCGCUGGGCUUCGUGGUGCCCGUGCCGGCCAACGUGUCCGAGCUCGAAUUCGUCUGGCAGGCGCUCGGGCCGCUGCCGCUCGCCUACGCACUGGACGUGCAGGUGAACGAAGGCCGGGGCCACCGUGCCUUGGGCGCGCCGUCCCUGGACGUGUCCCCACGGGGUACCCUGCCAGCGACGCCGCGCAGCUUCCGGGUGCGGCUUCCUUGCACGGGCCUCGCGAGCGCCGAGGUGCCCGUGCGCAUCGUGCUCAACGUGUCCGUGGUGGCACCGUCGGACGCGCAGCUCUUUCACCCCGACGGCCGGCUGCUGCAAGCCGCCGGCUACGACCUGCCGCCGGCCUACUAUGGCACCCGGCCGGCGAACACCUCGGUAUCGCUGCCGCGGAACAAGAUUUGCGCCAAAGACGCGCAGUCUGCAGACGAGGUGGCCGGCUUCGUUCCCUCGCCGGUGGCCUCGUCCACUUCCUCGUCCUCUCGGUCGCUGGUCGUGGCGGCAGGCUGCUCGUGCGCCGUGCUGGCCGCUCUGGCUCUCGCUGCCGCCGUCGCCUGGCUUGUGCGCGUGCGCAAACCCUCGCCCAGCAGGGACGCCCCAAUCGAGGAGCCCUCGUGGCAGACUUGGUCUUCACCCGACGGUCGGCCGCUUUCGUGCGGUCCUCCUUGGAUGCUGGGUGCACACCGGGACGACCUCGGCCCACGCAGGGACCACUCGCCUCCUGCCGUGCGACCACCCUCGGGGUCUGGCGGGGAGCCCGAUACAGUUCAUUCAGACUUCACCCAGAGGCUGGCGGAGAUCCACGUGGACAGGAGAAAAGUAACGUUCCUGGAAAAGCUCCACCAGGGCACGUUCGGCCAAAUCUUCCACGGCCUCUUGGUAGAAGAUUGGGCUGAAGUGGGCGCUGAACAAAAUGUGCUCAUCAAGACCGUCACCGGCGAGGCGUCGGCGGCGCAGGCUGCACUGGCGGUGCGCGAGGGCCUGUCCCUGCUGGGCAUGAACCACGCCAACGUGCUGUCGGUGGUGGGAGCCGCAUGCGACGGCCAGCCCCUGCUGCUCUACCCGUACAUGAACGCCGGCAACCUCAAGCGAUUCCUCAAGCAGGCCGACCAGGUGCUGGUCACUCAGGACUUGGUGGACAUGGCUAUCCAGAUGGCUGAAGGGUUGCAGUACCUGCACAAACGGGCCUUCGUGCACCGAGACGUGGGGACCCGGAACUGCGUUGUGGACGACCGGCUGCACGUGAAGCUGACCGACAAUGCCCUGUCGCGGGACCUGUUUCCGGACGACUACCACUGCCUGGGCGAUGGGGAGAACCGGCCCGUCAAGUGGCUCGCACUCGAGAGCCUCGAGCGGGGCCUCUUCUCGCCCUCCUCCGACAUCUGGAUGUUUGGCGUGGCGCUGUGGGAGCUCAUGACGCUGGCGCAGCAGCCGUACGCCGAGCUCGACCCGUUCGAGGUGGGCGAGCAGCUGGAGCAAGGGUACCGGCUCGCGCAGCCCGUCAACUGCCCCGACCCACUGUACCUGGUGAUGGACACUUGUUGGCGCGCGGACCCGGAGCAGAGGCCCUCGUCGGCAGUCCUGCUGCGCCUGCUGGCGGACCUGUACGCGGCCCUGAACCGCUUCAUCUAGGCCGUUUCAGCCGUCCAGACAAUCAGACUGGCCCUCCAUCAUUGCGCUGCGUUCUGUGGUGCGCGCUAACUACGGUCGCAGGGCUGCGCCCGUGGCGUUGUCGUACCGCGCUGUCACACUCCGGCCCACCAGAGUGCAGAAAUAUGACCGCUUCACGUGCUAAGCGGGCACUUCGCCGCGGCUUCCGUCGAUCCAGGGACCAGGUCGUCCGCACGUACAGACCCCAUCAACUACUCCGAAUGGUUGGCGUGUAUGAGCGGCCCUCACUCAAAAACCGCUUUUCAUGAGAAACGCUUUGCGAACCUGGCUCCAGGCAAUGUCGGGCCCGUCUGGAUCGGGCCGUGGGCGAAGAAGACAGCUCGUUGUGUUACUUUUGCCGUGAACACCGUGGAGUCGUACACCGUACGUAUACGUCCCGCGCUGUGCCUUGACCGCCCUCGAGCUUAAUUAAUCCCGCUUAAUGUUGCCGCGGGACUGGGCGGCAAGCCGUGGUGCACUGGGGCGCUUGCACUACGUGGUGACUGUGUGGCCUAUCAUUGGAUGAACUUGUUCGAGGUGUGUAAAGGGUUCCUGAAACGGUCGCUAGAAAGCACUGGUGCCGCGGCGACAGCGGUCACAAGCUUGGAGAAUGGCAUUCGCCCUUUGUGUUUUCAUGUAGCCACUCCUGAGGUGCCGGAGACGUGUUAAGUAAUGUGCCGCAAGGUGCUCACGUGGUUGAGCUGCCUCAGAGGUGCGUUAAAAAAAGUCCUGCUCACUUGAUGGUGCUUUCGGUCAAAGCGGCCACACUGUCGGGCGUGGUAUCAGACAAUAAAUAUUCAAAUGCGAUCUGCAUGCAAGGCUUGACUGAAAAGGAACUUGUCGUUUUGCUGGGAAAAUGAAAGCGUGAAGCGCGUGUAUACUACGAAGAAAAAAAGAUUCACUUUGUGCUCCAGCUGUGUGUUGCUUUCGUACGCACGCCUUUCACUCGACCGUUUCAGGACGCCCUAUAGGAGAAAGCGCCUUCGCUGGAACGCCUAGAAUACCGGUAGCGGUGCUAGCUCGCUGUUGAUGUGUCAUGUAUAUCUCCGUGACUUUCGUACUGGUGAAAUUGAAAGGAUGUAUCGCACCGUAAUAAUAAAUGAGUGAUGUGCGUCAGCAAAACUCGAGCGGCUCAGACUGUCGUAGCGCAAAACGAGAGCUCUGUAAGGUGCGCGAUAUUAUGACCACAGAUCAGGGUUUGCCGACUGAGGCAACAGCAAAAGCGCGCUUGCUAAGUGGACGUACGUACUCGUAAUCUCCGCAGAGCAGGGAACGUACCGUUGACGCGAGUGGCAUAAUUGACAAACGACGCCUGGUGCCGUGAGACAGAAGCGUGCCAGGUUUCCGUGGUAGUCAAGUCGACGAGUCAGUCAUCAAGUGGCGCCAGCAUGCGGUGGGCCGCAAGUCUCCCGAAGCUUAUGUGACGUUGUCGAGCCUUGCGUGUUACUGUGAUAAUGAGGGAAGCGGUUCUUCGCAGUACGUUACAGAAAGUGCGCUCUCUUACGCACGCGUCUUCUUCCUUUCGCUCUUAUUUCUGCGGGAAGAAACUUGCGUUCACUGUGCGCUUUGGUUUUAUGAGAUCACUCAGCAUGCGAAAGCAAAAAUAAUACCUGUGAACGGAUUUCUCAGGACAGCACCUGAAAACAAGUAUCAUCUGCCAGGCCGCGAGUGAAGCGAUAAUUUGAGCAAGUACAAUGUGUACUUAUUUAGUUAGUGUACUUUGGCGGCACCUCCAGGAUACCAAAGGAACAACGGCGACACCAUAGCUGGAAAAUAGACUGAUCCGUGGUUGGAGCAUCUCCGAGGUCACCGUUGCUGGAGGUGCAUAAGAUCGGGGACAGCCGAUGUCGUACAUCAAACACUACGCUACGCUCCGGCCUUGGCAGCUCCAACCCACGGACCGCCUUGGUUAUAACGAGGUUCUGUGUAAUCUCAAGUGCUGUCCUGAUGCCUCCGUUACCAGCGUUCUUUUUGUUUUCGUAGGACCAAAUCACACAGAAAACGUAAAUUCCUUCCCGCAGAAAGAAGUGUGAAAGAAAGAAUAUGUGCGCGCAGAGAGAAUUUGAAAAGUGGGUAUUUCUGUAACUUACUGCAAAGAACCACUCUCGAUAAAGAAUUGGCCGUGAGCCGCAGCGUCGGUGGCCGCGACAUCUUAUGAGCUUCUGUUCAACCACAGCGGCGUGUUAAAAGCGCAAUUUUAGUUGCAAGGUUUUUUUUGUUUU